CUCAAAACCCACCAACGAACCCAUACUGGGGAGAAACCGUACGAAUGCAACCGCUGCGACAAAAUCUUCACCAAAAAAUCGCGUCUCAAUCGUCACCUGAAAGCACACGACAAACAAGCUGCCGAAAGGGCGUUUACUUGUAAUACGUGUGGAGAAACUUUUAACAACCGCGCCCCUUACAACGCUCAUGUACGCACCGCUCAUCAAUAACCCGCCGCUGCCACUAACAGGAAACGAUCCACCGCUAAAAACACAGACGCACCUGCUGCCAAAAAACACAAGAAGUCCGCUGAUCCUGGUACUUCACCAACUACACCGCAAACCUCAGCGCCCGGGUCUAGCUGGCAAGAAGAUCCUGUUCUCAUUCCUUCGAACCGUAUUCCUGCCGCAGAGGAAAAUAUCACCGACACGUACCGUCAACACUGGCCCCAGAUCCGUACCCGAUCUAGACGCCGUAACCGUUUACAAGACUGGUACAAUUUCCGCCUGUCCACGAUCAGUCCUACCGCUCUCCGCGAACAACUGAACCGCAUUUUUGCUGAUCAGCCUACUGUGUUUAAAGUGAACUUUUCCUUUGGUUUUAUUCUCCGUAACACAGAAACCGGCGCCCUCCAGUAUCACCAUCCAUCCGCCAACAACAACCUGGUGCUAGAACAGCCGCUCCUGAUUUCAAGUCCAGACGAUUUAGAGCGCCUAUAUCAGCAGAUAGCGGAGAUCGAUUACUUGGAGUGGGUGCGACAGCAGAGACCAAAUUCAAAAUGGGUCGUGGAUCUCGUGACGAAUGUUACCUGGUUUGUUUGGAAGAUUCGAGACCACCCGAUCGGCCGUGGCAAAUAUCUACCAGGUUAUAUCGUUGACAACUUGAGAAUCACCCCACUCGAUCGAAACAUUCAAAGAGGCAAACCGUACGAAGAUAACCUCUGUUUCUUCCGCUGCCUGGCUCUCUACAACGGUUGCCAUACUAAGAACCUAGAGAGAGAUACCAAGCACUAUUACCAACAGUAUCGAGACGCUGGCAUAUCCAAAAAGAAGUUCCAUGGGGUCAAGUUGUCCGAACUAGUCGACCUAGAAAAACUGUAUGAAGUGAAUAUUCAAGUAUACAGUCUAGCGCCUACUCAGAGCCAGAGUGAAGACGAUGACAAUGAAGAAAAUACUCCCGAGAUUGCCGCCACCCUGCUCCGCCGCUCACAUCGCCAUUACUCCAGCACGCUUUACUUGAACUUGUACGAAAACCAUUUCUCAUAUAUUAAAGACCUGGCCCGG